AUGGGGCUACCUCGGAGAUCCGGGGACCCGGCGGAGCUGCGCAAGAGCCUGAAGCCGCUGCUGGAGAAGCGCCGCCGCGCGCGCAUCAACGCAAGCCUGAGACAGCUCAAGGGGCUCAUCCUGCCGCUACUGGGCAGGGAGAGCUCCCACUACUCGAAGCUGGAGAAGGCGGACAUCCUGGAAAUGACCGUGCGCUUCCUGCAGGAGCUGCCUGCAUCCUCCUGCGCGUCCGCAGCGCCUACGCCCUCGGACAGCUACGGUGAGGGCUACCGCGCCUGCCUGGCACGUCUGGCCCGCGUGCUGCCCGCCUGCCGCCUCCUGGAGCCCGCCGUGAGCGCCCGCCUGCUGGAGCACCUGCGGCGGAGGGCGACCGGCGCCACCCCCGACGGUGGGCGCGCUGGGGACUCCUGUGGCGCAGCCGCGCCUUCCCCGCCGCCCGCACCUGCGCCUGCGCCGCCUGCGCCUCCCCGAGGCCCAGGCCUCUGGAGGCCCUGGUAG